CGGACGCAGACGUGAAAUGGCAGCGAACAAAUAAACGAAAUCCAUGGGCCAUUCUUCCUGACAAAGCCAAGUUCACACAGUAUUUCCAAGAUGGGUCAUAUUACUUGGUUUUAACUGACACUGUCAGAAACGAUGACGAGGUAUUUUAUCGGGUUGAUUAUACGAACAAGAGCGUAAGUUGUUCAAUGGAGACUCCAAAACUUCAGCUUCUAGAUAUAUCAAAUUGUGGGUUUGUCUACCUAAGAACAACAAAGGUAAAAGAAGACGAGAACGUAGAACUUGAAUAUUAUCCAUCGAAAUAUGUUAUGCAAAAUCCAGAACACACUGUGCGAGAGUGGAAGCGUUCUACACAGAAUCACACUAUUACAAUACGUUUGACGAAAGAUGUGUAUGAGGAAGAAAAGGAACGGAAUGGUCAAUAUGUGUUGACUAUAACCAUGUUCAAGAAACGAAUGAAUGGUCGAUAUGGAGUUUACUGUGGCAGUCAAGUGGGCUUUUCAAAUAUUGUCGAAGUGAUAUUAACAGUUGCACCAAGCGCAUUAGCAUUUGAAGGUUUAAAGGACAUAGACGACUGUAAGGGAUGUAUUGUUGGUGAAGAUAAAGAUCGCUUCAGCGUUCUCUGCAAGACAAGUGGUGGUACACAACCAAUAAAAGUCACCAUGUCAAUAGGGAAUGAAUCACUAAGCUCACCACGAUUUAAUGAAACAGCGGGUUACAUAACAUACUUUAUUCUUCAUAACCGUCACCAUAUGGCAAUCAUGAAAUGCACAGUCAUGAACGAUGCAUUAACUUCACCUCUAAUCAUCGCUGCACGUGUGUAUGUUAUCAAAUCACCAACAUUAAAGUUAUUGGUACCACAGAUUCUCAAGGAAGGAAGUAUCGGUAAUAUUACGUGCAUAGUGGAUGGUGGAAGACCUGCUCCGAAUGCAAUUUUGAACAUUUCCGGUAUGGAAGUGCCGUCUGCAGUCCAAGUAAAUAGUUUCAAUGCUACCACAUCUUUAUACACGAGUAUUGUUUCCCUGUCAACAUUUGAACGAACUUGGAAUAGUGAAAACGUCGCAUGUUGUCGUUUCAAUGAAUGGUACAAGAUCACAUGGGCUUGUUCCUCAUCGAAACGGUUUAAUAUUAUGUUUCCACCUUUAUCUAUCAACCUGGAGGUCAAAGUUGAGCAAAAACUUCCACUUGAAAUAUACGCUGUUUGUACCAUCUACAAUUCAAACCCAGCUUGUGGGGCAAACAUUAGUGCAUCAAACGGAGUCAUUGUUUCAGAACGUUACACCAAUAACGUGAACCAACAUCAUGGCUCCUGGGAUUCGGAACAUGCAGUAAACUUGAAUGUUGAUAAAGACGACAAUGGUACAAAAAUUGAAUGCUCAGCUGAUUGUCAAAAUUUUGCUGUCAAUUUGAACGACGCACGCUCGAUCGUUCUGCCUUAUGCACCUUUCAUCGAAUUCAACAUAUCUGGUUCAGAACUUACAAUUUUACAAGGAGAACAGGCACACGUAAAAUGCUCAGCACAAAGCAUUCCGGCCUCCAACAUUUCAUGGGUGGAACAAUCUGAUGUUGGAAACAUAACUAUGAAACAGUGUCAAUUGCAAGCAGACUGCGUCAUAGCGGUUGAAGCAAAUCUUACACAACAACGAAAGUUUAUUUGCCAAACUCAUUAUUUACAAACAAGUGACCAAAAGACUCUGACUGUAAACAUUCUUGAGAAAGAUGAGAAACGUUCCAAAGACUUGGACAACUCUGCCUCUGGUGAUAACUUGUUUAUUUGGAUUAUUCUUGGCUCUUGUUUAGCUGUCCUCUUUGUUGUAGUCAUCGUAUGCCUUAUUGUAAGAAAAACAUUGAGGAACACUAAAGCUAAACUGAAAGCAAAUCAAAUGAGAUUCAGUGCAAACCCAGAUAGAGUUAGCAGAAACAAAGAAGACAAACUGGAAGGUGAUCCACAUGGAAAUUUGAAUGAUGGUGCGCACGGGUUUGAUGAUUCGGAAGUAAAAUAUUCUCAACCUGUCAAAGACAAGGCAUUGUCUAACGCCGAUGCAACGUAUUCAGAAGUAAACAAAACUGGACAGUCAAAUUCUUCAGCCAAUAGCCCCCAAAAUACCCAGCAAGAUGGACAGCUGCUGUAUGCCGACCUUGACUUUGAUCCUAAUGAUGCACCUUUGAAGGGAGCCGCCGCCAAGCGUCGAAACUCUCCUACGGAGUACGUUGAUAUCGACUUUGUCAAGACAGCGGCUGAACAGGCAAAGAACAACGAAUAUACGGAAGCGGAUAAUAUUUAUGCUAAUCAGCAAAAAUCAGUUUGAAAUUAAAUCAAAGACAACUGAUGAAAAUGUUGUGCACGCUAAAGUAUGUUUGUGUAAAAGAUUGCUAAAACUUAUAUGUACAAGAAGCAGUUGUCGUCUGGAACUAAUUGACAUAAAUGAAAGAAAUUGUGGAAGUUUUUCAUUUGUUUGAGUAUUUAAUUGUUUGCUUAUAAUUACAGUUAUGUUCAAAUGUUUGCAGAGCAAUUUUUGUCUGUUCAUAAAUAACACUGGUCAUCUUUUGUGAUAUGAAAUACAGUCAAACAAAGAAGAAAGAACAGUAAUAACAUGCAAGGCACCAGAUUAGGGUGUUGUUUAUUUUUGAGAAAAAAUUGACAAUAUUGUUGACAAAAUCCCAUGUCAUCUUGGCAGAUCUGUGUUAUUUUCUUUUAUUACACGGAAAUAAUAACAUGCAAAAUUAGAUGUAACAACAUAUAGAUAUAAAUAUAUGUAUAAUCUGAGGAGGACCACUGAUAAUGCUGUUAUAACUUCUGACCCAACCCUUUUGUAUAUUUGCAUUGGUAUAUUUAUGUAUGCUCGAUGUAUGUAUGUGAUAACAAUUUACAAUGAUUAUUCAUGUAUAUGCAAUGAAAUAUGUUUAGACUCUAAAUAUGUAUAUAUUAAUGUUAUAUUUACCACAGCACUUGGGGUCAGAAUACCCCCGUCAACCCCACUCUCCUCCGCCCUUGAUUGAGUUUAGUGAUUACUUUUAGCAAUUUAAGCAUGUUUUAAAAAUGCAUUUUUAUCAUCAAGGCUUGUGGAAGUAGCAUUCUAAUGUCUGAUCAUGCACGGAGAGACACCAUUGGUCAUGCUCCACUAUAUAAGAACGAAGGAUUUGUGAUACGCAAUUUUCUCUUUUCACAAUAUGUAUGGUCUACGUCUUUUUAAUGUCACCAUUUAGAUAACUUUUGUUUCAAUAAAUAUGAUAUAUAUGUG